AUGUCAUCCCAAUACAAUGUGGUCGUUGAAAAAAACAGAAAGAUCCUUGUUAGUAUAACAGAAGCGAUAGUGUUCUGUGGGAAACAGAAAAUUGCCAUGAGGGGGCAUGAAGGCGAUAAGGGAAAUUUUCAGGCCCUAUUGAGCUUUCAGGCCAAGCAGGAUCCCAUAUUAAAAGAGCAUCUAGAACACGGAGAUCCAAGAUCUAUGUACCUUAGCCCCGAUAUACAAAAUGAGCUUAUUUCCAUUUGUGGAAAACAAAUCGCAGACAGUAUCGUGCCAAAGUGCAACAGCGCACCCUGCUUCGGGUUUAUGGCUGACGAGGCCACUGAUGCCAGCACUAUGGAACAGAUGGCCAUGUGCCUUAGAUAUUUCGACGGAGCUGAUUUACGCGAAGAUUUUCUGGGGUUCGCUGAGUGCGAAUCAACUACAGGCGAGACGUUGGCCAAUGCCUUCUUAGCAAAUCUUGAACUGGCGGGUGUUGACGUAAACAAAAUGCGUGGCCAGGGAUAUGAUGGCGCUGCCAAUAUGUCCGGUAUCCGAAGAGGCGUACAGGCAAGAAUCCAACAGCGUAUUCCUGGGGCUGUGUACACCCACUGCAAAGCCCACUGCCUCAACCUGGCUAUUAUCCACGCAUCAAAAGAAAUGUAUGCAAGGAACAUGGUGGCUCCCGUUCAACAAAUAGCGUUUGCUUUUAACUACACCGCCAAACGCUUCCUACGCUUCCAGGAAAACCUUGACAACGAUGAAGUUGCCCGUGUCGAGAUGGAUAAGCGCACUAAUCUGCAAUCUCUGUGCGAGACCCGCUGGGAAGCUAGGUUGGAUGCUUUGCACACUUUCCUAUGCUCAUUUAGGUAA